CUUCUUCUUCCUUGUUGUUCGUCUUCUUCUUCUCAAAUUAGCUUUUUUUUUUCCUUAUUAUUAUCUUCCUCCUCACGCGUGAGAUUCGUUGUGGAUAUAAUUAAUUCUUCUCCUUAAUUCUCUGGUUUUACUUUCUCUCCAUGAUCCGAUUUUAAGGUUUUUUUUUGGGUAUAUCUAUUCUCUUUUUUGUUCUAUCUGCAUCAAAAGUUUUCUGAGAUCUCUCUGAAGAUUUUUCAUUGGAUUUCGAAAUUGGAGAACUAGGGUUUUUUUGCGGUGCUAGGGUUUCGAAGAGCAUAAGAUAAAGAAUGCCUUCGGUGCCCUCUAAGCUUCUUCUUCUCCUUUCUUUGACACCUUCGUUGACUCCUUAUCAUUCUGGUUUGAGUUCUUCUAAUCGUUCUAAACCUUUUGAAAAGUGUGAUUGGCGUGGUAAUCUUAGUUAACAUUUCUGAUUCCCUUCUUCCCCCUCUCUCCUCUCUUCUUUUUACCCUUUUCUCUCUCUCUCUCGUCUUCGUCUCGUUCUUGAGAUUUUCCUAGCUCGGUCGGAUAAAAAAUCUUUGAUCCAUCUCUGGUGUUUUCAUUUUUGGCGGUGCUCCAUUUGCAACCCAAAAAGCUUUUAGUUGGAUAUGAGCUCUGUUUGUGGUAAGUUGGAUUUCAAAGAUGCAAGCUUUGAGAUCUCGGCUUCGAGUUCCACACAAUGUUGUUCUAAAGGCUCCAAGCAUACCUCGUUUACUGGAUCUGAAGAUUCUCAGGAGUCUGAUGGAGGAGAUGAAACUGGUUAUAUACACCAAACUGUGAAUGAAGAAACUACUGAUGAUAAGGAUUUCAUCAAAUCCACUUUAAGUCCCAACUCUUCUGAUGAUGAUGAAGACAAGGAUGAUAACCUUACAACUACACCACCAGUUGUUCUCAUACCAGCCAUAAAAGGCAGUCGAGAGAAGCAUGGCUUGUCACUGAAGAAGACGAGUGUUUCAUGGGCUGCUGAUGUGUAUGAUCCUCCUCCCUCGAUAGCCUCCCACACAAGAAUCAAGAAACAGCAGCAGAAACCCAAGAGCAAAGACAACCACAAGAAGACCGGAAAGAAAGGACAGAAGGGCAAAGACAACUCUUCCUCGCGUGGUGGCAGCAGCAGCAAAGACAAGAAGAAAGCUUCUCGCAAACACAGCUGCGAGAAAUUUGAUUGGGUAACUCAGAUGCCUUUAGUUGCAGCAUCUUCUUGAAUGGCAUUGGCUACUAAUCAACUUUCAUCACAUCUAUGAGCUUGGCCACCUCUUCUCUAAUAAUCAAAUCUCUGUGUCUGUUUCUUGUGGAAUUUCACAACUUUUCUUAUGUGUAAUUAGACUAUUGUAAUCGUUUGUUGCUUCUACUUUAUUCGUAAGUUUCCUUCUGAGUUUCACACCUUUCUUAUGUGUAAUAGAUGAUCGAUCAUCCCUAACACUAUUCUGAUAGCUUUGUUGCUUCUUUUUCCU